AUGAUUCCAUCCCCUUCUCCCAGAUUACAUCCCCUUCUCACAGAUUCCAUCCCCUUCUCCCAGAUUCCAUCCCCUUCUCCCUCGUUCCAUCCCCUUCUCCCAGAUUCCAUCCCCUACUCCCAGAUUCCAUCCCCUUCUCCCAGAUUCCAUCCCCUUCUCCCCGAUUCCAGCCCCUUCUCCCAGAUUCCAUCCCCUUCUCCCAAAUUCCAUCCCUUUCUCCCAGAUUCCAUCCCCUUCUCCUCGAUUCCAUCCCCUUCUCCCUCGUUCCAUCCCCUUCUCCCCGAUUCCAUCCCCUUCUCCCUGAUUCCACCCCCUUCUCCCAGAUUCCAUCCCCUUCUCCUAGAUUCUAUCACCUUCUCCCAGAUUCCAUCCCCUUCUCCCAGAUUCCAUCCCCUUCUGCCAUAUUCUAUCCCCUUCUCCCAGAUUCCAUCCCCUUUUCCAUCAUUCCAUCCACUUCUCCCAGAUUCUGUCCCGUUCUCCCAGAUUCCAUCCCCUUCUCCCAGACUCCAUCCCCUUCUUCCAGAUUCCAUCCUCUUCUCCCUCAUUCCAUAUCGUUCUCCCAUAUUCCAUCCCCUUCUUCCAGAUUCCAUCCCCUUCUCCCAUAUUCCAUCCUCUUCUCCCUCAUUCCAUAUCGUUCUCCCAGAUUCCAUUUCCUUCUCCAAGAUUCCAUCCCCUUCUCCCAGAUUCCAUCCCCUUCUCCCAUAUUCCAUCCCCUUCUCCCAGAUUCCAUUUCCUUCUCCCAGAUUCCAUCCCCUUCUCCCCGAUUCCAUCCCCUUCUCCCAAAUUCCAUCCCCUUCUCCCAGAUUCCAUCCCCUUCUCCCAGAUUCCAUCCCCUUCUCCCCGAUUCCAUCCCCUUCUCCCAUAUUCCAUCCCCUUCUCCCAGAUUCCAUCCCCUUCUCCCAGAUUCCAUCCCCUUCUCCCAGAUUCCAUCCCCUUCUCCCAUACUCCAUCCCCUUCUCCCAAAUUCCAUCCCCUUCUCCCAGAUUCCAUCCCCUUCUCCCUCAUUCCAUCCCCUUCUCCCAGAUUCCAUCCCCUUCUCCCAGAUUCCAUCCUUCUCCCAGAUUCCAUCCCCUUCUCCCAUAUUCUAUCCCCUUCUCCCAGAUUCCAUCCCCUUCUCCAUCAUUCCAUCCACUUCUCCCAGAUUCUGUCCCGUUCUCCCCGAUUCCAUCCCCUUCUCCCAGACUCCAUCCCCUUCUUCCAGAUUCCAUCCUCUUCUCCCUCAUUCCAUAUCGUUCUCCCAUAUUCCAUCCCCUUCUUCCAGAUUCCAUCCCCUUCUCCCAUAUUCCAUCCCCUUCUCCCAUAUUCCAUCAACUUCUCCCAGAUUCCAUUUCCUUCUCCCAGAUUCCAUCCCCUUCUCCCAGAUUCCAUCCCCUUCUCCCAUAUUCCAUCCCCUUCUCCCAGAUUCCAUCCCCUUCUCCCAGAUUCCAUCCCCUUCUCCCAGAUUCCAUCUCCUUCUCCCAGAUUCCACCCCCUUCUCCCAGAUUCCAUCCCUCUCUCCCAGAUUCCACCCCCUUCUCCCAGAUUCCAUCCCCUUCUCCCAGAUUCCAUCCCCUUCUCCCUGAUUCCAUCCCCUUCUCCCAGAUUCCAUCCCCUUCUCCCAGAUUCCAUCCCCUUCUCCCAGAUUCUAUCCCCUUCUCCCAGAUUCCAUCCCCUUCUCCCAGAAUCCCAUCCCCUUCUCCUAGAUUCCAUCCCCUUCUCCCAGAUUCCAUCCCCUUCUCCCAGAUUCCAUCCCCUUCUCCCAGAUUCCAUACCCUUCUCCCAAAUUCCAUCCCCUUCUUCCUGAUUCCAUCCCCUUCUCCCAUAUUCCAUCCCCUUCUCCCUGAUUCCAUCCCCUUCUCCUCGAUUCCAUCCCCUUCUCCCUCGUUCCAUCCCCUUCUCCCCGAUUCCAUCCCCUUCUCCCAGAUUCAAUCCCCUUCUCCCCGAUUCCACCCCCUUCUCCCAUAUUCCAUCCCCUUCUCCCAUAUUCCAUCCCCUUCUCCUCGAUUCCAUCCCCUUCUCCCAAAUUCCAUCCCCUUCUCCCAUAUUCCAUCCCCUUCUCCCAGAUUCCAUCCCCUUCUCCCAGAUUCCAUCCCCUUCUCCCAUAUUCCAUCCCCUUCUCUCAGAUUCCAUCCCCUUUUCCCAGAUUCCAUCCCCUUCUCCCAGAUUCCAUCCCCUUUUCCCUCAUUCCAUCCCCUUCUCCCAGAUUCCAUCCCCUUCUCCCAGAUUCCAUCCUUCUCCCAGAUUCCAUCCCCUUCUCCCAUUUUCUAUCCCCUUCUCCCAGAUUCCAUCCCUUUCUCCAUCAUUCCAUCCCCUUCUCCCGGAUUCUGUCCCCUUCUCCCAGAUUCCAUCCCCUUCUCCCAGAUUCCAUCCCCUUCUUCCAGAUUCCAUCCUCUUCUCCCUCAUUCCAUAUCAUUCCAUCCCCUUCUCCCAGAUUUCAUCCCCUUCUCCCAGAUUCCAUCCCCUUCUCGCAGAUUCCAUCCCCUCCUCCCAGAUUCCAUCCCCUUCUCCCAGAUUCCAUCCCCUUCUCCCUCAUUCUAUCCCCUUCUCCCAGAUUCCAUCCCCUUCUCCCAGAUUCCAUCCCCUUCUCCCAGAUUCCAUCCCCUUCUCCCACAUUCCAUCCCCUUCUCCCAGAUUCCAUCCCCUUCUCCCAGAUUCCAUCCCCUUCUCCCCGAUUCCAUCCCCUUCUCCCUCAUUCCAUCCCCUUCUCCCAGAUUCCAUCCCCUUCUCCCAGAUUCCAUCGCGCCCUCUCAGAUUCAAUCCCCUUCUCCCAGAUUCCAUCCCCUCCUCCCAGAUUCCAUCCCCUUCUCCCAGAUUCCAUCCCCUUUCUCACAGAUUCCAUCCCCUUCUCCUAGAUUCCAUCCCCUUCUCCCAGAUUCCAUCCCCUUCUCCCAGAUUCCAUCCCCUUCUCCCAGAUUCCAUCCCCUUCUCUCAGAUUCCAUCCCCUUCUCCCUGAUUCCAUCCCCUUCUCCCAGAUUCCAUCCCCUUCUCCCAGAUUCCAUCCCCUUCUCCCAGAUUCCAUCCCCUUCUCCCAGAUUCCAUCCCCUUCUCGCAGAUUCCAUCCCCUCCUCCCAGAUUCCAUCCCCUUCUCCCAGAUUCCAUCCCCUUCUCCCUCAUUCUAUCCCCUUCUCCCAGAUUCCAUCCCCUUCUCCCAGAUUCCAUCCCCUUCUCCCAGAUUCCAUCCCCUUCUCCCACAUUCCAUCCCCUUCUCCCAGAUUCCAUCCCCUUCUCCCAGAUUCCAUCCCCUUCUCCCCGAUUCCAUCCCCUUCUCCCUCAUUCCAUCCCCUUCUCCCAGAUUCCAUCCCCUUCUCCCAGAUUCCAUCGCGCCCUCUCAGAUUCAAUCCCCUUCUCCCAGAUUCCAUCCCCUCCUCCCAGAUUCCAUCCCCUUCUCCCAGAUUCCAUCCCCUUUCUCACAGAUUCCAUCCCCUUCUCCUAGAUUCCAUCCCCUUCUCCCAGAUUCCAUCCCCUUCUCCCAGAUUCCAUCCCCUUCUCCCAGAUUCCAUCCCCUUCUCUCAGAUUCCAUCCCCUUCUCCCUGA